CUUCUUUGUUCUCCACACAGAAAUCAAUUGAAGAAACUGUGAAACGUUGCGGCAAAAUAGACUGCCUUGUAAAUAAUGUUGGAUCACAUCCUGGGGCAAUGACAAUUGAUGAUAUAUCAGUUCAAGGUUUCCGAGAUUUACUUGAAAUUAAUCUUGUAAGCAACUUUACUGCGAGCAAGUAUGCACUUCCACACCUUAGAGAAUCAAAGGGAUGUAUAGUGAACAUCUCGAGUAAUGCAGCAUCAGCAGCCUUUAAAAACUCCUCAACCUACUGUGCUUGCAAGGGAGGUGUAUCAUCAUUAACAAGAGCUUUGGCCAUUGACGAAGCAAAAUAUGGUGUCAGAGUUAACUCAAUUGCUCCCGGACCUGUAGAUACAAGAUUGGUUAGAGCACUUAUGUCUGUGGAAGAGAGGGACUUGCUUGCCAAGUGUAAUAACAUGAACCGGUUUGCUCGACCUCGUGAAAUCGGGUUGACAUGCCUGUAUCUUGCCGUGGAUGCUACCUUUACGACGGGAGAAGAAAUUAUGUGUACUGGUGGUGCUGAAGUCGGUUACGGUGUGAAGGGCGGCGGUCUCAUGGUUUGAACCAGAACAGAACAAUAAUAUAUUAUGAUAUAUGCAUGCAAUGAUUGAUUGGUGGAUCAAUGAGCCUUUAUUAAAAGAUUAAACAUAAAUCUGAGUUUUAUGUUUUACUACUUUCUGCAAUGCUACAGAGCUACUAACAUCAUCAGAAGGAAUCUGGAUCUUUAUUGAGAGUUUCGCC